UGACAGCGUUUUCUGUUUGCUUUUGGGGGGCUUCAGACGCGCGCACGGCUCUCGUCGUCGUCCGUCCUCUGCACCCAGCCGACAGGCGGAUGUGACGUUUUGGGCCGCUAGGUUGCUGCGCAGUUCUCUGGAGAAGAGCGAACGAGAGAGACAGGAAGGCGCAGCCAGGAGGGACUUGUCGUUGUGGUCGCGGCACCUCCAGGCGGCACCAACCCCCGCCCAGGCUCGGCCCCCUCCCGCCUCAGGCCCCGAGAGCGAGAGAGCGACAGCCGGGCCGGGGCCGCCGCGACGAAGAGCCGCAGUCUGUGACUUUCCCUCGUAGUUUCUGAAAUCAUGAAUCCUGUUUAUAGUCCGGGAUCAUCUGGGGUUCCCUAUGCAAAUGCCAAAGGAAUUGGUUAUCCAGCUGGAUUCCCAAUGGGCUAUGCAGCUGCUGCUCCUGCCUAUUCUCCUAAUAUGUACCCUGCAGCAAAUCCUACAUUCCAAACAGGUUAUACACCAGGCACACCAUAUAAAGUCUCCUGUUCACCUACCAGUGGUGCAGUGCCUCCCUAUUCUUCAUCACCCAACCCCUAUCAAACUGCCGUGUAUCCAGUUCGAAGUGCCUAUCCACAGCAGAAUCCAUAUGCACAGCAAGGCACUUACUACACACAGCCUUUAUAUGCAGCACCACCCCACGUAAUUCAUCACACUACAGUUGUGCAGCCCAAUGGAAUGCCAGCAACUAUGUAUCCAGCACCAAUUCCACCCCCCAGAGGAAAUGGUGUCACUAUGGGAAUGGUGGCUGGGACCACAAUGGCAAUGUCAGCAGGUACCUUGUUGACAACGCAUUCUCCAACUCCUGUAGCCCCACACCCAGUUACAAUGCCCACCUAUCGGGCCCCAGGAACUCCAACCUAUAGCUAUGUGCCCCCACAGUGGUGAUUACCACACAGUGUUUGAAGAUGGGAGAUAUGCAAUCAAGUAACUGAGGUUUAAAAGUUGGUGCUGAAGCCCUCAUGCCUCCAACCAGGACUUGUUUCUUCUGAAUGCUUGCAAUCCUUUGCUAAACACUAAUUCCACAUAACUGAAGAUUUCCCAGUACUGCAUAUCUUACAUCUUGGAACUCCAGCAGUUAGUCUUAAAGCAAAUCCUGUUUUGUGGACUGUCUUGCAAUUUUUAGCUCAUUAUAAUGAUUAAAGGGAGUAUAAAUUUAUUGAUCAUAUCUAGAUGAAUGCAUGUCUAAGAACACACAAAGCUUGCUCAAUCUACCUGCUGCGACUGAUGCAAAAAAAGUCAUAUGCAAAAUCCAAAGGAGCCGAAAAGUAUUUUACAAUUUGUAUCACUAAUGCACUGUUGUAAUGUAUGCAGGGUCUUAAGAGGUAGAAUUGUGACAGUGAUUUUUUUCAUAGAAAACAAUAACAUAAUUAGCAAAUGCUAAGUACAUUAGCAGCUUAUUUAAGUUGAUGAAGGCAUCUGUUCAAGGGGGCACAGUUAAGUGAUAUUUUCCUUUCCUUGUUCAGUGACUGGAAAAUUAGUUUGUAGCUUGCAGAGGAUCAGUUUACCAUGCAUACCUUUCCUAUUUCCUUUUUUUGGGGGUGGGGUGGGGGGAGAUUCAGUGUUAAAUAAAUAUUCUUAGGGACAAGAAUUAAACUACAGGAAAUGUGUGGUUAUCGGUGAAAAAAGCAGCUUGUCUAAAUCAUCAAGGUAUGCUUUGAAUAUUAGGUGGAAAAUCCAUCUACAUAAUGGUUUACCUCCUAGAAAAAUCACAUUUUGAAAUGAUGUGUCUAGAAGCAAUUUCCACACUUCUGGUAGAAUUAAAGUUCCUUUGGUUUCAAACCUGCCCUCCCCCCAAUGUACUAGUUCUGGUCAGCUAAAAAAAUGUAAUUUGAAUCAGUUUGCUUUUGUAAAAUGUACUAAUGUAAAUAGGAAGGAAUUCAUCUACAUAUUUGGUAUGUUAAAGGCAAACAAACCAUUUUAAACCAUUUUUAUUGACUUGCAACCUGGAUUAUGAACAAAGUAUAGUAGGAGUUAUCAGGAUGUAAGAGUUUUCCAAAUGUAAGAGUAUUAAAUUAGAAAGUGAUCAAGUACAGAUAUAUUAAUUAGUAUUUUGGCCAAAUCUUUAUCAUAUCCUUUUUUACCUAUUAAAUUGCAUUUGGAAGACAAGUGAAUUAAGACAGCAGGUGCAGUAUUUCAUUGCAGUGAACCACUUCUGAAUUCCUUAACUACAGCUUGUUGAGUUUUUAUAAGAAUUCCUCUGUCAGUGCUGUGGGUAUAUAGGUCUAGUCUUGGAACCCAUUUGUGUACCAAAAUUAUUAUGAGACUUUUUUUUUGUUUAGUUUUAGUGCUAAAUGCAAUCAAGGGCUUUCUUUAAAUUGGCACCAUUUAGGUAAACAGUAACAGGACAUUAUUUUCCCAGUAUUUCCUGCCUGCAAUAAAUUGUGCAGUAAAUGGUUAUAACAUGUUCCCUUUUAAAGCUGAUAUUUGUGUGUCAGAUUAUAAUGUUGGUAGACUACUCGCAAAGCUUUUUUUUUUUAUGUAAGUUUGAUCAUAUUUUGGGAUGAUCAGUUUUAAAAGUGCAUUUGGUGGCUACUUCUGUGUAGCAUGCAUGCUGAUGUUAAUGCUGCCAUCCUUUAUUUUCUUGGGGCAUCUGCAUCUCAGAUUCCAGUAAAGGUCAGGGCCUUGAUAAUUUGAUUUUUUAAAAUUUAGAAUAAGCAUUCUUCAUACUGAUUUUUUAUUUAAGGUUUUAUAAAGUUUACUUUCCAUAGAUCACAUUCUAGAUGCCCCCUUGAUGCAAAUGCCUUUAGCAUAACAAAAUAAAGAUAUUUAAAUUUUAAUCUUGAGCACUUGUUGCAGCAUGGAAAGGCCCAUAUAUGGAUAACAAAAACAUCCUACCCAUGCCAUAUUGAGUCUGAACUGCUUUGGGUGAGUCUCUUAGGUAUACCAUUUCUGAAAUUGAUCUGUAAUUCUGAUUUUCAGCUGCUCCUCAGGCUAGUGACCAUUCAGUGUGGACAAGCAUCCAGUUUAGUAAGUUUAGAAUAAAAUACUUCUUGACACAUUCAAGCUUUGAAAAUAUGGCUGGGUUGAGGACAUGUCAAAAACAAAUGUAAGCACUGCUGUCGUCAGUCUCUUAACUUAAAUGUCCCGAAUUCUUCAACUAAUGCAGCACUUUGUGAAUGGUAAGGACAAGUUAUAAUUUAUUCUCCUCAAGCUUCAGAUUUCUAAAUGCUUCCUCAUUUUUUUGGACAAAGUAGUAGUAACAGCUUUUUAGGUGAUCUCACUUGAGCACUUUUUUCUAAGUUGUGUUUUGGGAUUCAUCUGCAAGGGAGGAUUAGUACUUUUUGCAAAAGAUACUGCACCUUCUAGAAAUUCUAAUCUGUGGGUGGGUGGGAGGGAGGGCAUUUUUCUGGAGGUAGUUCCAUACCUCCAGUAUAGUCAGUAGGGAAGUAACCAAAAGCACAGUGAUGAGAGGGUGUAUAUAGCUUGGUAUAUUGUUACAAAUAAUAAAAAGCAUGACUAUGAAACUGAAAGUUUGUACUUCAAGUGGGUUAUAGGAGCAGGGAGUAUUGUGGAAUUCUUUCUCCUGCAGUUUGUACCAUUCCCUGUUUUAGGAUUCCUGGGGGGGGGGUGCGCGUGGGUGGGGGGGUAAACCCUCAGAUGCUUAGCAUGUGGCUGCACUGGAGCUUCCCAGAAAGCUUUAAAGGGAGCUAGUAAGCUAUAGACAAGGCUCAAAUCAAGCUGCUUUCAUAUGAAUGCAGCCUUACACAUAGUCAAAAAUUACAGCAGUAACAGAGAAAACAAAAGUAUCUAGGCUAAACCUCAAAAGUUAAGUUUUUAAAUAAUGUUGAAGGUAUAAUUUAUAAUUCCCAAAGUAGAUAACACAAUAUUCUCUUUAAAAAACAAUAGCAAAAUAAUCACCAUCUAUGGAAACAUUAUUUGCUUAAGAAUUGAUAGAUGUAGUCAGUAGUGUUUAGCACUAACCUACUGACAGAACACUAAACCACUUAUUAACCCUGGUUAAAAGUGUAUAACUAAAAUCUUGUUGAAGACUACAGAAAUUCAAGUACUCUGACAAGCUCAUAAAGUAACCAAGAAAGGUAGCUUGAUGCUAAGAUGGGGAUAAUUGGGGAGGUGUGGAGGAAUUCACUUCAGUUUAAGUCUCUUAGAAUGUAACCCCAUCAAAUCUGAUUAAAUUUUAUGGAACAGUGUUUGUAUAGGGAUAUUCCAUGCCAGCUGAUCUUCACAGAGCAAUCUUAAUUUCUAUAGAGAUUCCCGUGUGUUUCAAAUGAGCAAGCGUUCCUGUUGCUUGAGCACAGUAUUGUAUAAACCUAGCUUAAUUUUGUUUUAUUAAAAUGCAGGGAAAUUGAAUGACACUGUUCUAGGCAAAGAAGAAUUUUGGAAUUAUAUGAAAAUGGUGAGUUGACACUGUUAGGUAAAUACACAAUCCUUAGUGGCUGUCUCUGAAGGAAGGAAGUCAGCAUCCAUAAAAGAAGUUUUAAUUAACUUUCUGAUAGUUGAAAGGCUCGACGUAGCAUUUCCUAUUGGAUAUCUCUGCUAGAAAAUAUCAAAAUAGUGAGCAGAUACCUCUCUCUUUGCAUGUAAAGCACUAAAUCCCAAAUCCAGAGCCUGAAAAUUAUUGGCGGGGAGGGGCACAUAGACCACUUGCAAAAGCGCCUUUUCUCAUUAACUUGGGCAGCUCUUUGUAGAUGUUUUUUCAGCCUGUAAAACAGUCCCUUUGUUUUGAAGUGGAGGGGGAAGGCUGUGCAGGCAAAGGAGCUGCAUGUGUGUCUUGAAACGUCUGAGAAGGAUAUCUUAGUCAGGCUCUAAGUCUCCAGUAGAGAUGUAAGGGAUAUAACAAAGAAAAGCUACCUAAACUUGUUUUUGCAAACUGUCAGGAUUCUUGAUCUGCCUUAUAGGCUAGUGAAGGCAUAUUUCUGGUGUUAAUAGGAUAUUAAGAUGAGGGAGUAUUUCAAAGAGAUGGGGGGCAUCUGUGAAAUGGAAAUAUUUGAGUAUCCCAAUGUCAAGAGCCAACUUAGCAUAUCAAAAUAUUCUGAAUAGUUUGACGUCUAAUUACGCAUCAUAAUCUAUAUGACUUUUUCCAGUCUGAUGUGACUUUUGAGCACUUAGCAAGCAAUCCGGGGAAGCUUCAUUGAGCUUGCUGCUGUACAGACUUGUUUUUAGUAGAAUGGAUUUGUUAGUGGGAUUUUAUUGUAGUGCUAUUAUUGGCUGCCCUUGUGGGGUGAAAAAGGGGAGUGCAUGCAACAGAGAUGCAAGAGGCCCCAGUAAUAGUGUUUGUUAUGAAAUAGACACAGGUUUCCUUUUUUUAUAACUUUUUUUUUAAAGAGGACUGUCUUAAAGCAGUUGUAUUGGUACUUUUUCCCAAGUUUAGGUCAAUGUUGUCUUCCAGAACAAGUUUAAAGCAUCAUAUCUGCAUUGAACUAUUGCAUCAACACAUAGGAGUGGCAAUUUCAUUCUGAGCCAGCUGUGUAAAAUUCAUUUUUAUUUUUAUGCAAUCCAAUGAGUAGAUGAGCUCAGAGUUAAAUUCUUAAGAGCACGUUUAUGUAACAGGAAUUGUUAUGUAUUAAUACUUCAGUUUUCAAUAAAGAUUGACUGUGUUGCUUA